UCCGGCACGCUGUGGCGGCAGUCACUUUGCUCUUGCGCGCAGCGGCGAUCUGAGUCUUUCAGGAGAGCGAAGGCUAUAGGGGAGGGGUUGUCUCCAGUGCACGGCAGCUGGUGUGAGGGUCGGCGGCGGUAGUUGACAACUGUGCACGGGUCCCGUCUCUGUCGCCGGUUUCUUAGGACCCCCGCUCCGCCCACGAAGUCCGAUGGCGGGGGCUCAGAUUCCCAUGACCACAGAAGCGGUUACAGACUGUAGGAAGGGCUGUGUGACCUUUGAGGACAUGGCCAUUUACUUCUCACAGGAGGAGUGGGUGCUGCUUGAUGAGGCUCAGAGACACCUGUACCAUGAUGCGAUGCUGGAGAACUUUGCACUUAUAGCUUCACUGGUUUGUUGGCAUGGGAUGGAGGAUGAAGAGGCACCUUUUGAACAGAGCGUUGCUGGAGAAGUUUUGUUAUGGGUCAGGACUCCAAAGGCGGGUCUGUCCACCCAGAAGACUCGCCCCUGUGAGAAAUGUGUCCCAAUCCUGAAAGACAUUUUGCACCUGGCUGAUCUACCUGGGCAGAAACUAUACUUGGAUGGAGCAUGUGCAAACUUACACCAGCUUCGGAAGCAUUACACUGCAGAGCAAGGGGAUGUGGAGAGGGCCUCAAUUGUAAAGAGCUGCAUAUUCCAUGUGUCAGGGAAUCCCUUCACCUGUAGGAAGGUUGGAAAGGAGUGUCUGGCCACAUGGGGCUUUCUCCACCACCAGGUCAUUCUCAACAGUGAGAAGCCAAACAGAAUCACCAAGUGUGGGGAGGCCUUUCACGGUGGAAAAAGUCAUUACAAAUCGCAUGAAUGUGAGAAAGCCUCCAACCACAAACAGAGUCUUGUUUACUGCCCAAGAGUCUCCACUAGAAAAAGGGUUUAUGAGACUAGCAAAUAGGGGAAAGCUUUUCACUGCAAGUACUCACUUGUUCAGCUCCAGAGAGUCCACACUGGAGAAAGGCCUCACGAGUGCAGUGAAUGUGGAAAAUCUUUUAGGCAAAGAGCCACCCUCAUUAUACACCAGAGAGUUCACACUGGAGAAAAGCCUUAUACAUGUGGUGAAUGUGGGAAAUCCUUUAGUCAAUGCUCCAACCUUACUGAACACUCCAGAAUCCAUAGUGGAGAAAGGCCUUAUGAGUGUGAGGAAUGUGGGAAAGCCUUUGGGUGCAAAUCCAAUCUCAUAAGGCACCAGAGAACUCACACUGGAGAAAAGCCUUAUGAGUGCAGUGAAUGUGGAAAAUUCUUCAGACACAGCUUCACCCUUGUUCAACACCGGAGAAUUCACACCACAGUAAGGCCUUAUGUGUGUGUCCAGUGUCGGAAAUCCUUUAGCCAAAGAGCUACUCUCAUUAGGCAUCAGAGAGUUCACACCAGUGAAAGGCUUUACGAGUGUGGGGAAUGUGGGAAAGCCUUUGGAUCCAAAUCCAAACUUGAUCUGCACAACAGAAGUCACACUGGAGAAAGGCCUUAUGAAUGCACUGAAUGUGGGAAAUCUUUUAGACAAAGCUAUAGCCUCGUUGAACACCAGCGAAUUCAUAGUAGAGCAAGGCCUUUUGAGUGUGGCCAGUGUGGGAAAUGCUUUAGCAGAAGAGCUAUUUUCACUAAACACCAAAGAAUUCACACUGGAGAAAGGCCUUAUAAGUGUGGUGAAUGUGGGAAAUCCUUUAGUCGAAGCACCAGCCUUAUUCAGCACUGCAGCAUUCACACAGGAGCAAGGCCUCAUGAGUGUGGCCAGUGUGGAAAAUCCUUUAGGCAAAAAUCUGUUCUCAUUCAACACCAGAGAGUUCACACUGGAGAAAGGCCUUAUGAAUGCAGCAAAUGUGGCAGAUCUUUUAGCCAAUGCUCCAGCCUCAAUCUCCACUGAAAAUUUCACAUCCUGGAGAGGGCCCAUGAAUGCAGGAAAUAUGGGAAAUCCUUCACUCCAACAUCUGAUAUUGUUUGGCAACAGAAAGUCCACACUUGAAAAUAGGCUUAGAUUUGAAGGAAACAUGCUGUCUCCUUGUUCGCUGUAAUGGCACUAAAUAGUUCAGCCAUGUGCCUGAAGUUAAACCUCAUACUUGCAAGCAUCCAGAGUGGUAAAACUCCCCAGGAGUUUAUAGGCCUGUGUGAGGUUUACAGGAGCUGCACUGCACAUUCCAAACCACCCAGGACCCUUACCAGAGUUAGAUCACUGCCAGUUCCUCUAGCAGAAGCCAUCCCACUUCUGUCGCCUUGUACAGUGUUUCAUCAGUCACCCCAAGGUGCCAAAGGCGAAGCAGAUGUUUGUGUUCUUCCCCCUUCCCUGGAGGAAAUCUUUGCCCUUUCAGUGAUCUCCCUUUUCUGAUUAAGUAUGAAUGACCCAGUUUGGGCCAAGAGUGGGCUCUGCUGGAGGCUUGCAGGGAAGGGUUACCUUCUUCAUGGAAAUUGUUGGUUUCACAUAACACUUGUAGUUGAAUUUUCCAGCCUUCAGGCCACCAACCAAUAACGGUGUGCCUCAUUGCUCUGGUUUGUGCAGCAAUAAAGUUCUUACUGUUUAAUCUA